CCCAAAUUCAAAAUCAAUGUCUUCCUCCUCCGGCUCCACCGACCACCGCAGCACCGCUUCAUUUGUCUCGGCAGAGACAACUGAGGUACUGACCGGAACAAUGCAGGCGCCGCUGCAGAUGUUAUCUUCUCUUCUGUCGCCUCCGAAAUCAAAUUCUACUCCGGCAAGGAUCCUCUUCUCCCCUGGCUCCGGUACUCUUUCCACCCACUUUCUCUCCACUUCCCAAUAUCUCUGUGCCUGAUUUCUUCGGUAUGCUCUUUCUCUCCGUAUCUGCAGAGGGAUAAAGAAACUGAGGGAAUCUCUGCCUCCAACUCAGCUGAAAGAAAAGCUACCUCGCUUCUUUCACAAAUGCGCUCAGACAUUUGAGUCUGAUGAGCGCUACAAGAAGGUUCGUCGCUACCUACGAGUUUGGUUGCAGCUGGUAACUCAACUCCACCCUCCGUUAUUGCUUUCUCAAGAUCGAUGAUUUUUAGGGGCUUCUUUGUGCUUGGUUCAUUUUAUUCUUCUACUGGUCCAAUGGAGAAAGCCAAGCUAGCUGAGUUUCUAUGUUCUAUAAUUCUAUUGAAAUUACCAUUUGAUUUAUAGUUUGGUGGCGAAUCUUUAUGGAAUUGAGGGAAGAUGGAUUAUGUGGAUGAACCAAGUUUUUGCUCAACUAUUUGCUAUUGUUGUUGAAAGUUUUUGGAUGGAAAACCAGCCUAGCUGAGCCUGUUGACGAGUUGCAAAAUCGUAUGAACAGUUCCUUCAUCGUAUGCAGAUCGCCUUAAGAGCUGAUAAAUAACCUGUACAGCUGCAGUGAGGACUGAUGUGAACAAUGAAACGUAUGCAUUACUAAAGCUGAAGGGAAACAAAUUCAAGAUGGAAGGACUGGUAAUGUGAAGAAGCCUUUUGAGGAAUCCAACCGUCCUGGAUCAAAUGGAAACAGCAGCUGGAAUGGUGGGUUUGAAGUCUAUGUGGAUUCCAACGUGGAGGUCAGUGGAACCAAGCCAUUGAGCAAUGCAGGAAAGAAAGAGCCUCUUCAAAUAUUGAUUGACGAUGAAAUGCACCAAGAGGCUGAAUUUUGUGAAGAGGAGGAGGAAGAAGAAGACUCCCUUUUUGUAUUCACAUGUCCGCAGGAUCUUUCAGCAUCUGAAGAAGGUGGCUCGAGGUCCCCAAGAAACAAACUUUGGAGGGAGGAUACAGUGGUUCGUCGGUUUGUUGGGUCCACCAUUUCGGACGAACCGGAAGUGGAGAAUCUAUGCCACCAUGGGUUGGUUGAUCCCACAGUGAACUUGAAGCAAGGCAUGGAAGACAUCAACAACAUGUUUGGGGAGCCCAUAGAGCUUGCAAGGGCCAAGGGAGCAAAGCAGCCGGUGAGACAACAACAAGAACAGCAACAACUUGGUGGUGGUGGGUUUUUUAUACUGCCCGAUGAUGAUGAGUUUGAUGGAAAACAAAGCCAGCCAGUGAAGAAACAAGAACAAAAUGGUGGUAUUUUUUUGUACUGCCUGAUGGUGAUGUCGUUGAUCAUAAACAAAACCAGAAUGGGAACAAGAUGCAAGAAAAGUUGGCGGGUUGUUGAUAUUGCAGGAUGAUGAUGAUGCUGUUGAUGAUAAACAAAACCAGACAGGUAAGAAAAUGCAAGAAGAAGUUGGCGGGUUCUCAAUAUUGCCAGCUGAUGUCGAUGUUAAUCAUCAUCAAGAAAGCAAAACAUCAUCAUCUGAUACAAGGGGAUCAGACUUGUUUGAGCCAACUCUGUUCACUAUACAGGCAUGACAUUAACAAGUUGUUUGGGAUGCUACUGGAUUUUUAGCCCUUAUAAGGGUAAGUGGCUUCUUCUCCUUGUUGAAACGAAGUUUCAUUUUCUCAACCUUUGUCUUUUGUACUGC